UACUUGGGAAGACAAAAGGAAGGGAGAGAGAGAGAGAGAGAUCUGCGACUUCCAUGACGAAAUUGUCGUCCAUUUUGACUUGCGUUACGUUUGUUGUUUUUUUUGACUUUGAAGAGAGAGAGAGAGAGGGGUUUGGUUGGAAUCAGAUGCAGUUCAUACUACCCCAUUAGAAACGAAUGACAUGGAUUGGGAAAAUAAGGAGUUGUUGCAUUUCAGAAGUGGAGUCAGUUGAAAAGAAGAAAAAAAGGAAAAAGAAAAGAAACUCUCCAUUCUCUAAGGGCGUGUUUGACCCGGUUUUCGUUGGCCAUUAAAGCAUGUUAGACAACAUAGUGGAACAUAAAAAUUAUUGACGGGAAUUUGGAUUUUUGAGGUGUUUCGGUUGAGGUUCUUCUGUUGGGUUUUGCCUUUAAAUUAGCUACGAGCUAGGACUCAGAGGAUAGAUGGUAUUUGAAGAGUCUUGGCGUUUCUAGAUAAUUGUACAGCGUUAAUAUCGACAUAAGAAGCCAUUCUCAGAGAGCCCAGAACGGGAUGGCUCAUUUGGCAGAAAGCUCUUUCCCUUGAUGUCUUUUUCAAGUCUUUGGAAGAAUCAUCAUUGAAAUUUAACGAACAUUUCAUCUCUAUGAUCAGGUUAGAGAUCAUGGGCUCCACACACAGAAUACAACUGGUCCUGCCCCUGACUUUCAUGAUGGUAGUUUUAGCCUUGAGUGCUCUUCCAGAAAUUGCAGGACAGACAAUUUCAUCUAGUGGCUUUGAACCAGGGAGAAAUUUGCUUCAGACAGACAAUGUCUCAGAACCGGUUAGACAGUCUGAUGAUACUGUGAGGGUGGAUCCUCUAGACAACUUAAAAAAAUACAGGGGAGGAUAUGAUAUCACCAACAAGCACUAUUGGAGUUCAACCAUAUUUACUGGAAUUUAUGGAUAUUGUGCUGGGUUGCUGUGGCUUUUGUGUGGAACUUUAUAUGGAGGCUUUCUGCUGGCAACUGCUUUUUGUUGUAGAAGUAGAAAGAUUGGAAAGCUGAGGAAAAGAUUACCUUAUAAGCAGUGUUGCCUUACACCAAUUCUCCUUGUCACAUUGUUCACAAUCCUAGCAAUAACUGCAUCCGGGUUAGUACUGGGGGCCAAUGCAAGGUUUCACUCACGAGCCAAAACAGUGGUGAACAUUAUCAUGAACACAGCAAAUGAGGCUUCAGAAACCAUAUACAAUACAACAGGAGCAAUGAAAGACAUAACAAAUAACUUAGGAGCGGCGGAAGGAAGUAGUGAUGCUUCUGGUUUCCUUACCUCCACAUCUGAGAAACUUAAUGUUAAAGCUGCAGAAAUACAAAGGGAGGCAAAGAAGAACAGGCAUCUGAUUGACAAGGGUCUGAGGAUAGUAUACAUAAUAACGACAGUUACCAUCUCAUUCAACCUGGUUGCAGUCAUAGCCCUUUCAGUGUCAGGAUCUAUGAGGUUUCGCCGGGCACUUUACCUGUUCAUUAUACUAUGCUGGUCCCUGACCGUUCUUUGCUGGUUGUUCUCUGGAAUGUAUUUCUUUUUAGAGAAGUUUUCUAGUGAUACGUGCACAGCUCUUGAAAAUUUCCAAGAAAAUCCCACCAACAACAGCUUGAGUUCAAUCCUUCCUUGUGAUGAAGUACUAUCAGCUAAAUCAGUCCUAUUUGAAGUCAGUGCAGGGAUCUACAACCUUGUUAAUGAGGUGAAUGUGAACAUAUCGCUCUUUCAAGCAACAUCGAAUACAAAUCUUCGUUAUGUUUGCAAUCCUUUCUCUGCACCACCAGACUACCAAUACCAGCCAGACAACUGUCCAGCUGAUACAAUUCGAAUAAGAGACAUCCCAAAGGUAUUGAAGUUCUUUACUUGUUCGGAAGCCAACAAUGGGACAUGUGAAAAUGAUCAACUUCUAUCAAAUAGCAACUAUAAGAUAGUGGAGGCUUACUCAAAUUCAAUACAAAGUCUGCUCGAUGCAUAUCCGGGAAUGGAAAGUCUAGUAGAAUGUCAAUCAGUGAAGGAUGCCUUUUCUGAGAUCCUGUUUAAGCACUGCAAACCUUUGAAGAGAUAUGUUCGGAUGGUAUGGGUGUCAAUGUUGUUCCUGUCAGUGAUCAUGAUGAUUUUGGUUCUGAUAUGGAUGUCACAAGCUCAUCAUGAGCAGAAUCUUGACCUUUCAAAUGGUUCUGUGAAACCCCAUAUAGCAACCGGAGAUAUGCUGGAAGCAGGAGCAACUGAAGAAGUUAACAGCCACACAAAAUCAAGUACAGCCUAUAUAAUUAGCAGUUAGUCCCUGGAAAAUACUGGAAGAUAAAUGCGCAAGCUACUUCCAAAAACUUUAGAGGGGAAUCAGCAUCCAAGAUAGUAUAUGUAUAUGUAUAAAUAUAAUAUAUAUACUCAUAUACAGGAAAGAACGUAGAGAUAAAGGAAAAUGUUGAGUUCGAUCAAUCAGAGGAGGGAGACAUUUGGUUCUUAAAAGAAAUUUUUGUACUAAAAAACCAAUACAUUAUUCUUUCCUUCUUUGAAAACAGGGGACCAACCCCAUAUAGAAGAUUAACGGGAUAUGUCAAGCGAAUGAUAUAUUUUAGUUUGAUUCAAUCUUUCAUUA